AUGAUUAAGCUGUGCGUGGGGUAUGGGUUGAAUAUGAUCCCGGUCCGCGAGGCGAUCUACCACGUCGCCAAGGUCGACUGCAAGACGAUCGUGUGGUGGAAGCACGCCCUGAUCGUGAGCGCGAUGGCGACGCUCUCGCUGAUCGGCGGGCUUUUUAUUCCGCGCGUGAACACGGCCUUAGGGCUCGUCGGGGGAUUUUCCGGCGGGUUUAUCUCGUACAUCUUCCCCGCGUUGAUGUACAUGUACGCGGGAAACUGGACGUUGCGCUCGGUGGGGUGGUUUCGCUAUCUCACGACUUACGUGUUGCUCAUCUGUGGCGUCGUUGGCGUCGUGUUCGGGACGACCUCAACCAUCUACGCGGAGUUCACCGCCUAG